UUUUAUGAAUGCAGGUUGCUGUAUAUCGAUUAGAAAAAAUGUGCAAUGUGAAUGAAACCAAAGUGUUGUUCCAGCAUGUCCAUGGCUAGAGGGCCGUCCAUCGUACAAAUAAUGUAGCCAAUGGCGCUGCGAGCCUGUGGUUUCAUUGUGUUUCGACGCCUUGCAAGUUGUGUUCCUCCGUCAGACAACAUCGAGUACCUGCUAUUGCAAACCUCCUAUGGACACCACCACUGGACCCCACCUAAAGGCCACGUGGACCCAGGUGAGGAUGACCUCACCACAGCCCUUAGAGAGACCAAGGAGGAGGCAGGCCUUGGCGCCGAGGACCUUCAGGUGAUUGAGGGCUUCCUGAAGGAGCUGCGCUACGAGGUGAAAGGCCGACCCAAAGAGGUACUUUACUGGCUGGCCGAGCUCCGAGACCCGGGGACGGAGGUCACUUUGUCCAACGAGCACCAGAACUACCGCUGGGCCCGGUUGGAAGACGCCUGCAGUCUAGCUGAGCAUGAUGACAUGCAGAAUACUCUGAGAGCGGCACAGAGACACUUGGAGGCUCAGCACGACAAGCAGUGACACAUGGACAAUUUGAGGAUCACAAUGUCAAGUAACUCUCCUUAAUAACACUGGUCUACAAAAUUUUGGAAAAUAUCUGUUUCAGAGAUAAAAAUGGCUAGACUGCACUUGCUGAAGUGACAUGGAUUGGAAAAUAUUACAUUUAAGUGCUGGUUGGCUAAAGUAUUCAAGAUAUGUAAUGUUAGUUAUAACUAGACAUGUGCCGGUUACCGGUUUCAAGGUAUACCAUGGUAUGAAAAUGGCUGGGGGACAUGAAUAUGAUUUUACAUUUAGACAAAAUUAAGGGUUAGUAAACACUGUCAUAAAACAUCUCUCCAGCUGCGAGAGUUAACUCCGGCGUGUUUAGUGUGUCUAGCGGUGGUAAAACAUGUUGUUGUUUUUUUCUCUCUGGCAACUGGCUGUGUUGAGAAAGAGAGUGUGUGUAUUAUGUGAACAUGAUAUGAGUCAUAUGCACAUGCUUUUUAUGGAAAAUAAUUAUUUUUGUUCCGUUGGUAAUAAUGUUGAGCUGUAGGCGCACAAAAAGGACUGCAUUUAUAAUAAUUUUAUUUUGAAUAUUUCAGUUUGUUUUAAGGCUAUCAAAAUUAUCGCGUUAACGGGCGGCAAUUAAUUUUUUUAAUCACGUUAAAAUAUUUGACGCAUUUAACGCAUAUGCCCCGCUCAAACAGAUUAAAAAGACAGCACCGUGUCAUUUCCACUUGUUACUUGUGUUUUUUUGGUGUUCUGUCGCCCUCUGCUGGCGCUUGGGUGCGACUGAUUUUAUGGGUUUCAGCACCAUGAGCAUUGUGUAAUUAUUGACAUCAACAAUGGCGAGCUACUAGUUUACUUUUUGAUUGAAAAUUUUACAAACUUUAUUAAAGUGAAAACAUUAAGAGGGGUUUUAAUAUAAAAUUUAUAUAACUUGUACUAACAUUUAUCUCUUAGAAUGUUAAUAAUGUUAAUGCUAUCUUGUUGAUUUAUUGUUAUAAUAAACAAAUACAGUACUUAUGUACAGUAUGUUGAAUGUAUAUAUCCGUCUUGUGUCUUAUCUUUCCAUUCCAACAAUAAUUUACAGAAAAAUAUGGCAUAUUUUUAUAGAUGUUUUGAAUUAAUUACGAUUAAUUUAUUUUUAAGCUGUGAUUAACUCGAUUAAAAUUUUUAAUCGUUUGACAGCCCUAGUUUAUUUUUAGUUAUUUAAAAAUAUAUAUAUUCUAUACUGUACUUAUGUUCCAAUUUGCUAAUGUUUUGAAAAAUAAAAAUCCUGUUCAAUGAAAAAAAAGUUUUUUAUUAAACCCAAAUAUCUCAAAGUAACAAAUUUUAGAGCUGUAAUUGCAAUACCGUGAUACAGUGAAACCGUGAUAAUUUGGCUUAAGGUUAUCAUAAUGUCAAUCUCAUACCGGCACGUGCCUAGUUAUAACAAAGAUACUGUACAUUGUUGUAAUUAUAUCAUUUUUAUAAGUUGCUACAUUUGAUAUGAGAUGGAUAUUUACGUGUGUGCGACCGCUUAUGAAAUGUUUCUGCAUUAAUGCGUUUUGUCCACUUCCAAAACAGGAUUUAUGCAAUACAUUUGACCUUAAUUGCUUGGAUUUUAACAUUACAGCAAGAUACUGUAUCUAAAAAAUUAUAGCCAAUUGACACUUUUGACCUUAUUUUUUCUUUUUUUAGUGACCCAAAUUUAGUUAAGUCUUAUUACUUUUAUUCAGGAAGCAUUUUGCUUGUAGACCAGUGUAAUUAAAGAAAUGAGUUUGGUAAUGAAAACAGAGACCCCUUCCAAUGGCAAAUCAGAACGCACCCUAGUCUACUACGAACUAAGUACUGAAAUCAUAAUAAUUAAUAUAGUAAAUGUGGUAAAGAGGUGUUUUUCCAUUCAUCAUAUUGUAGAGGUGCAACAAUUAAUUAAUCGACAACUAAUCUAUUAGCAAAUCAAUUAGCAACUAUUUUGAUAACCAGUUAAUUGUUUAGGACCUUCUUCACCUUAAACUUGUCUGAUUUCUUGAAAUUGUAACAUGCAUAUAAAUUUUCAGUUGUAAAUAUUACCAGAUUUCUUCAUUAUAUUUUUGUUAAGUCAAAGUAGGACAUGAACAAAAAUCCGCUUUUACUUUGGAAAACAACAAUUCACAUUUUUGCCAAUUUUCAGACAUCUUACUGUCUAAACUAGCUUCUUAAUAAGGCUGCAACAACUAAUCGAUUAAUAAAUUAGUUGCCAAGGAAUUUGAUAAUCGAUACAGUUAAGUCGGGAAGCUGUAAUAAAAUAUUUUUGAAGGAAAUAGUCAUCUAUUUUGUCGUCAUUGUUACUUACAACAUGCCUCAUACAACUUCAAGGUAAAUUGUAGAGGUAAUUGAAAAAAGUAACAUUAAUCGUCUGAUUAAUCGAUUACAAAAAUAAUCGUUACUUGCAGCCCUAUCAUAUAGUGUCUUACACUAUGACCAUUAUAGUGUUAAACCACUUCUUAUAAUUGCCUAGUCAUACAAUAACUUGUCUUUGUCAUUUGAAAACAAUUAUUUUUGAGAGUAACAUUGUUUUCAAUGUAAAGUUUCAUUUUGCAGAAGUAAGGGCAUAGACUUCAUAAUGGUAUUGACAGGUCAGUCCGGGCACAUACUGCGCCUCCACUUCAAGCAGAGAACCGCCCACAUCAAGAGGAGCUAUUCACAAACACAGUACCCUAAUUUUCAGACUAUAAGCCGCUACUUUUUCCCCUCAUUUUGAAUCCUGCGGCUUAUAGCCCAGUGUGGAUUAUUUGUUGAUUUAUUUGGGUUAAUAGGUAACACUUUAUUUAACAGCGGCAUCAUAAGACUGUCAUAAGAACAUCAUAAUUAUGACAUGACACUAUCAUGGGCAUUACUGAAUGCUUAUAACAGAUGUCAAUAUGUGUCAUGUGGCAUAUUAUGUCACUAAAUCCAUUUAUGUCCAGCUCAGAUCUUUUACGUCCAUUCAAAAGUGAGAUAAUUUGCUGGAUGACACUAACCGACAUCUAUUAUAAGCAUUCAUUAAUGCUUAUGACAGUGUCAUGUAAUAAUUAUGACAGUAUUAUGGCACCACUAUCCAAGAAAAUGUUAAGAAAUACCAUAACUAGCAAGUAAUGAAACAACCGGAACAGUAACUAAAGAAAUAAUUAGCACAGAACAUGACUGUUAUUUACAUCUGUAGCACCGGCAUGCAUGCUAGGAGGACUGUUGGAUGACAACAGUGUUGAGAGCAGGUGGCAGCAGAGGCUGACUGUCUACCCCAAGGAAGCAGUGAUUCCCAAAUGAAGCUUUUAGUGACAAUAAGGCUUUGCAGCCAAUUGGUUCAAAGCUUAAUGGUGGUUCAUUUGGUCUCAUGACAGUCUUAUGGUGCCAUUGUCAAAUGAUGUGUUACCAGUUAAUAUCUUUUGGUGUAAAUAUCCCAUCAUACAAUGAGGACAACUGCGGCUUAUAGUCCAGUGUGGCUUAUCUAUGAACAAAUGCCGUUUUCAUGUCAAAUUUGGUGGCUGGCGGCUUAUAGUCAGGUGCGCCUUAUAGUCCAGAAAUUACGGUAUAUGUAAUGCCGGAUUUAGUUGAAAAAGUAAGAAAGCUGUACUGUAUACCAACAGGAAAGAUUGUCUCAAGAGUGAUUUGUUCGAGGAUUCAAGGUAAUUAUUAUAUUUUUCGUACCAUGCAUGCAUUUUGAAAUGUGAAAAAAAUCAAUGGGAGAAAUUAACUGCUACGCACUAGCAUCGCCCUUCGACAUAUUUACGUAAAAUGAAUGCUACCUGCAUGUUUUUUUGCUUUUAACCAAUAAUCGAGACUGUUUUACGUCCAUAUCUAUGAAGAAUUCAGGGAUUAAAGCAUUUAAUCACAAGAAUUUAAACGUAAAAAGCUCUUUGUUGUGGUAAGGCGGCGCCACAGUGUGACUUGAAGACUAACAGCACAUUUGACAUAUUUACUUAAAAUAAAUUCUACCUGCGCAGUUGUUUUUCUUAUAACCAAGAAUCGAGACUGUUUUACGUCCAUAUGUAUAAAGAAUUAAGGGAUUUAAGCAUUUAUUCACAAGAAUUUUCAACGUAAAAAGCUCUUUGUGUUUCCAUUCGGUCAGCUUUGACAGAGAUAGGCCCCCUAUUAAUCAGCCCCGUGUCCCGUCAAUACCAUUAUGAAGUCUAUGAUAAGGGGUUCCGUCGAUUGUGAUUUUUUUUUUUUUUGAUUUGUGUCUUAAUUUCUGAGAACGUGGUGUAUUGUCAGAAACUAACCAAUCGAGAAAAUCUACUAUUAUUAGGGAUGACAAUCAACAAUUGGUAUAAUAAUUCCUAUGAAUGUUUUUUUUUUUUUUCUUGACAGUUUAGCUUAUCAGUAUCUCCGAGUAGGUAAGGAGGAAGUAUCGGGUGCCAAUACCAGUUUAAUUCGCGGGUCGGAUUUACAAUCCAACCAGUUAAAAUUUCCAGACCAUGAGCCAUAUCAGCACCUUAAAUGUAUGUCGAAAUAAGACAAUGUUUCCCUGCCAAAUGUUUUGAUACCUGGGUGCAAAAUGUGGAAUGGAUUUCCUGAAAUGCAUAACUAUCUCUUAGGACAGAAUUUUGUCAGCUACUGUUUCUGUGAAGCCCUUUUCGAUUCAAAAAAUCAUCAAAAAUAAAUUUAAUAUGGUCUAGGUCUGCCUUUUGCGACAAUUACAGCCUCAAUUCUCCGAGGUAUUGAUUCAUACACUUGUGAAUUGCUUCCAAAGGAAUUUUAAGCCAUUUUUCAGUCAGAAUACUCUCUAACUCUUCUAGAGACGAUGGCGGUGGAAAUCCACGUCUUAAUUUGAAUCUCUAAAACUGACCAUAAAUGUCAAUAAUGUUGAGGUCUGGGGACUGUGCUGGCCAUACGAGAUGCACAACUUCAUUUGAAUGUUUCACAUGCCAUUCUUUAACAGUUAUGUUCAAUGAUUAUGAUGCCAAAAUGAUAGGUGUUUGUGAAACCCCUGUAAGUGCAUACUGGAUAAUGCUGUACGAAAUUCAAGAUGUUGUACUGUUAAAGCAACCUCUUUUGUUUCAUUUAAUUCCUUUUUUCAAUCACAAUUGAUGAGAAUUGAUAAGCAUUUGGGGUCGUUAAAUCCUUGUUAAUUUAAUUUGGACAGUUGAGUUUUUGUGCAGAGUCCAUUAUGAUCAUGUUAAAUAAAUUGAUAACU